AUGACUCCCAAGACCAAGAAGUCCCGCGCGACGUACCCUAAUGCGCUAGUGGACAAUGCACGGCCGGGUGGGCCAACAACCAUGGACGUAUUGAUACGCUGGCUCACGACACCCGGCAACGUGAAGCGUUGGCGCUUGGAGCCGCGGGCGCCGCUUACUCGUGAAGUAGUGGAGCUGAUGCAGGAGGAGGGGUUAGCUCACCGUCAGGCGCCCUUUGUGCGUUACAAGCUGGACGCUAUUGAAAAGCAAUACAUCACAGCUCAGAAGUGGCUGCUGGAGACCGGCAUGCACGACUCUUUUAUGAAAGGCAAAGCCACGAAGGAGGUGCGCGCUCAUGUGGAUCAUAUUUGUCCUCUGUUUAAAAAGCUAGACCCGGCUUUUAGAGGCGUUCCGUUCAGUAAGAAACACGCGGAGACAAUCGAACUGGAUGACGAGAGCGCUGAGGACGUGGAAGCAGAGGAAAAGCAGGGAGAGGAGAGUGAGGAUGAUCAGUUGACUGAAGAAGAGAAGGCUCCAGCACGUACGGAGAAGCGGGAUACGUUUAGAGACCGGCUUUUCGCUCAAAAAGAUAACGGAACGGCGAAGGAGAAGCCUCCUAUAUCGACAGAAGAGCGACAGAAGAAAGCCCGGGCGUUCAGAGAUCGAAUGCUUGCCGACAAGGAUACUGUUGCUGACAAGGAGAAGAGCUCGACGUCAGUUCCGCAGAAAAAGGUGAGCAGACUAGCUAAACAGCUUGAACCUUCGCCAGGUUACGCUGCUGCGAGAAAGAGUUUGACAACUCCAGAAAAGACUAGUGUAGCCGAAGAGCAGAUCCCGACGUCAGCUACUGAUACGGUUGCUGAGAAAGAGAAGACUGUGAAGCCGAAGAAGAAGAGGAGUGCGUCUAAAGAGAACCUUUUAUCGUCGGCUAUGCAGGUUGUGAUGGAGCAAGCAGCCCCAGAAGCUCCGAAGAGUCCCCCUGCGCCUGGUAAGAAGCGGAUGGAUCGACCAAAAGCUGGAGCUGUUGCAUCUUCGAAUGGUACAAAGGAGAAUACCAGUGGCAAGAAGGAGAGUGUAUCGAAGACUAGUGCAGCUAAACGAAAGAGCUCGGAGGAAGGUGCGACGACAGUGAAGCGUAACCGGACACAAGAACAGGUCGAGACGACCACGAAGGCCCUAAAGGAUAUUGAGCGUGAUGCUCUGCUGAAACGUGUCAACGAUGAGCGAGAGGCACUGCUGAAACGAGUCACUGAUGAAGAGAAACAGCGCCAUGAAAUGUACGUGCUGGAGCGGGCCAAGUUGGAAUUCGAGAUGGAGGCGAAAAAGGUUCAGCUGGUGUUCGAGACGGCAGCGGCGCGUAAGAGACUUGAUCAGCUUGGAGUUUCUCAAGAAGAGAUUGACCGCAUUUUGCCGCUAUAA